AUGACGGGCCUGAGGGAUGGCUGCGAUCAGGGCGCCGAAGACGUCGAGAGUCCAAUGAUGGGACAGGCGCCUCGCGCUGACUCUGGCAUCGCACCGGCAAGUGGCAGCAGCGACUCGGAAGUGCGCGCUGCUGGCGCUGAGCCGGUGGACGUCAGGGACACAUGUGCCCCUGCAGCGCGCGGGAUACGAAGGGAGGCGGCCCCAGGCAUUUCUGCCUUUGCACAAUACCUUGCCACGAUGCUUUCGAGCAACCCAACAGAGACACUGGGCAAGAUUUUCGACCAAUGGCGAAAUGGAGCUGAAAAGGACGCUAAGGGAAAGGAUGUGAAGGAAGACGGCGAGGCUGAGCUACCUGUAGCCAUUGCUGCAGAUGAGGCCCAACGCAAUAUGUACAGGAGCAGAGGCCCACAGUUAAGGCAUCUGGUAAAGACUCUGGCAAGAUAUAGGCAUCGCAGGAACACCCACCGCAGGCUGUUUGUGGAGGCACUCAAGCGGAAGAUUGAGAAUAGAUACCCGGCAGAUGCAUACAUUGAGAAAAUGCAGGACACAGUGUUCAUCACGUCCAUCCAGAUGUUUGACAUGUUCACACCUCAGAGACGUGCCAGGCACCUUGUGUGGGCCACCUUCAUGAUGAUGGCAGUUACAUGUGUUGUGUUUGCAUUCAUGGCUGGCACCUUCCCCCUCUACCGGCUUCAAAAGGGCUAUGAGGCUGAUGUUGCUGCCCUCAGUUAUGGUCCAGACGAGUUGUGGGACUGGGCAACAGUCCGCAACAGCACUACCAGGUUCGAUUUCGAGUUCCUGCUGGGCUGGGGCGGUCGCUACCUGCCGGCAGUCAACGACGGCCAGUCCUAUCGCUGGUUCACGUCGAUCAUGCUGCACCAGAGCUUUGUGCACCUCCUAUCCAACGCCCUGAUCUUUGUGGUGCUGGGUAGCUACCUGGAGUACAGAUAUGGCGGCGUGCGGGUGAUGGCUGUGGUCGUCUUGGCAGGGCUGGGCGGCAACCUUCUCAGUGCGGUGGCCGAGGAUCGCUGCUCGAUCGUGGUGGGGGCCAGCGGCGUGGUGUUUGGCUUCAUGGGCUUUGGCAUCGUGGACCUUGUCCUCAACCGGGAGGUCUUGCUGCACUCUGCCAUUCGCUUCGUCAUCUGUGCCCUCUUCGUCACGUUCAUAGUUAUGACGCUUGUCAUGGAGGAGUACAGCUCCCACAUCUCGCAUGCCGGAGGCUUCCUGUGCGGCUUCGUUCCGGCGCUCCUCUUCAUCCCAGACAUUAAGUACGAGCGCUUGGAGGCCAUGCUGGUGUGGGGCGUGGCGGGCUUCGUUGUGAUCUUCUUCACUGUGCUGCCCACGGCCAUCUACUACAGCGUUCUCCCGACGCUCCAGUGCUGA